GCUGCCCCAGACCCGUCGCCUCUGGAACUCUUGGUCCAACCCUCAUCCCGUCAACUCCGGGCGCUCGCCUCGCCUCGCCAUGGCGCCGCACGGAGAUAGGAAGAAGGGGAAGAAGGGACCGGACCGCCCGGGCAAGCCGGAACUGCGUGCUAAUCGCAAGGAAUUCAAAAACCACCAUAAGGAGGAUGCCAUAGAGGAGCAGCAGCAGCAGCCUGCAGCUCUCUUCAACGCUGCCGACGACGGCGAUUUCCCCAGAGGAGGACGCAGCCUCCUCAGCAGGGAUGAGAUGGCCGAGGCGCGUACAGAGGCCGAGGCAGAGUUCCACAAGGAGGAGAGGACGGGAAACAAGAAGAAGAAGAGGAACGCCAACGUCUCGUUAGGAAUGGACACCGGUGACGACGAGUUGGGCACCCUGUUCGGUAGUGCUACCACUGGGAAGCUCCCACGAUUUGCGAAUCGCAUAACCCUCAAGAAUAUUUCACCCAAUAUGAAGCUUUGGGGUGUCGUAAUCGAAGUCAACCAAAAGGACAUUAUAGUAAGUCUACCUGGUGGAAUGAGAGGCUUUGUUCGCACAGAGGAAGUUUCGGAUAUAGCUCUGCAUGGAAAUACCAAGGAUAAUGAUGGCACUUUAUGUGCUGAAGUUGUCCAUGUUGGUCAGCUUGUACCUUGCAUGGUUCUGCGAGUGGACGAUGACAAGAAAGAAGGAAAAGUUAACAAACGGGUUUGGUUAUCGUUGCGGUUGAGCCGGAUGUACAAGGGUCUUUCUCUCGAUGCUAUCCAGGACGGAAUGGUACUCACUGCCCAAGUGAAAAGCGUUGAGGACCAUGGUUACAUUCUUUAUUUUGGAGUAUCCACCUUCAGUGGAUUCAUGCCAAAAGCUGACAAAGAAACUGUGAAGACUGAAUCCGGAAAACUCAUACAAUGUGUUGUCAAGGCGAUUGAUAAACCUCGGUCUAUUAUUCACUUGAGUUCCGAUGAAGACUUGAUCUCUAAAUCUAUUAUUAAAGAUCUGAAAGGCCUUUCUAUUGAUCAUUUAAUUCCUGGCAUGAUGAUGAGUGCACGUGUCCAUUCAGUCCUUGAAAAUGGGAUCAUGCUAUCAUUUCUUACUUAUUUCACUGGAACAGCUGAUAUUUUUAAUUUGUCAAACUCCUUUCCCUCUGGUAAUUGGAAAGAUGAUUACAGUAAGAAUAAGAAGGUAAACGCCCGGAUCUUAUUUGUUGAUCCAUCGACAAGAGCGGUUGGGCUUACAUUGAACCAACAUUUACUUCGUCUUAAUGUACCCCCUAUUAAUGUUAAAGUUGGAGAAAUUUAUGAUAAAUCAAGGGUGCUGAGGAUGGAUAAAAGGGCUGGUCUUUUUCUCGAAAUACCCUCUCCAACUCCAUCACCUGGAUUUGUUAGCAUACAUGAUGUAUCAGACAAGGAUGUGAAGAAUGUGGAGAAGAAAUUUAGGGAAGGCAGCUUGACACGUGUCCGUGUACUCGGAGUGCGACAUCUUGAGGGAGUUGCAUUAGGCACCCUAAAAGACAGCGCUUUUGAAGGUUCUGUUUUCACCCAUGCUGAUGUCAAACCAGGAAUGGUAGUUAGAGCUAAGAUUGUUACAGUUGAGCCUUUCGGCGCAAUUGUGCAGUUUUCCAGUGGUGUGAAAGCACUUUGUCCGCUUCCUCACAUGUCUGAGUUAGACAAUGUUGUAAAGCCACCGAAGAAAUUUAAGGUUGGAGCUGAACUACUUUUUCGUGUAUUGGGUUGCAAAUCCAAGAGAAUAACAGUGACAUACAAGAAGUCUCUGGUCAAGUCAAAACUUGAAGUGUUGGCCUCAUAUGCUGAUGCAAAGAUCGGUUUAGUGACUCAUGGAUGGAUUACUAAAAUAGAAAAGCAUGGAUGCUUUGUGAGAUUUUACAACGGAGUUCAGGGUUUUGUUAGCAGAUCUGAGAUUGGACUAGAGCCAGGCACUGAAGCUGAAAGUGUUUAUCAUGUCGGACAAGUUGUCAAAUGUAGAAUUGUCAGUGUGAUCCCUACUUCAAGGAAACUAAAUGUUAGUUUUGCAACAUCUUCUAAUAGGGCCAUUCAAGCUGAUACUGCAAAGGUGGGUACUAUUGUCUCUGGUGUUGUGGAGCGACUUACUCCUGGAGCUGUUGUCGUCAGUGUCAAUGGCUUCUCCAAGGGAUCUAUACUCAAUGAACAGUUGGCAGAUUAUCAUGGUCAAGUUGCUCAGUUGAAGAAUUUGUUGAAGCCUGGCCACGAGUUCAGCCAGCUUUUGGUUCUUGAUGCCGAAGGCCAAAAUUUAAUUCUUUCCGCUAAGCCCUCACUUAUCCACACUGCUAAUGAAAUUCCAUCAGAGAUAUCACAGAUGCAAGCGGGAGCUGUAGUUCAUGGCUAUAUUUGCAACAUUAUAGAGGCUGGUUGUUUUGUUCGCUUUCUUGGACCCCUAACUGGUUUCUCUCCCAAGGAUAAAGCAGUUGAUAGGCCGAUUGAAAAGCUCUCCGAUGCAUUCUGUGUUGGCCAAUCAGUUCGGAGUCAUGUCCUCAAUGUAAAUGCUGAUUCUGCUCGGGUGAAGCUUUCACUCCAACAGUCCAUGUGCUCUUCACCUGAUUGUUCCUUUAUUCAAGGAUAUUUUCUUCUGGACAAAAAGAUUGCGGCAUUGAAGUAUUCAGGUCCUAGUACUUCUCAUGAUUGGAUGAAAUCUUUUGGCAUUGGUAGCUUGGUUAAGGGGGAGGUGGGAGCAGUAGAAGAAUAUGGUGUUAUCCUUAACUUCAAAGAUCAUCCAGAUGUUGUUGGUCUAAUUGAACAUCAUCAACUUGGUGGCAAUACUGUAAAAGUGGGGUCUUCUGUGAUAGGUCUGGUUGUUGAUUUUUCUGAUGGAGUUGUAAAUGUAUCCCUUAAACCUGAACUAGUUGACAGUGUCAGCAAGGAUGGAAAAAAGAAGAAACGUCACAGAGCUGCGGUUUUGGACUUGGAACUUAACGAAGAAGUGAAUGCAGUUGUAGAGAUAGUCAAAGACAGCUAUGUGGUUCUUUCUGUCCCCGAGUAUAAUUAUGCAAUAGGCUUUGCUCCAUUGAUGGAUUACAACUCACAACUGCUUCCUCAUCACAACUAUGAUUAUGGACAGCGCAUUACUGUUGUUGUUGGAAGUAUCCCAAAUUCUGACCCUUCUGGAAGACUUAUCCUACUCCCGAAAGCAUCAGCUCAGGAUUCGGGUCUCUCUAGUUCUAAAAGAGCUAAGAAGAAAUCAGACCACAAAGUUGGGUCACUUGUUGAAGCAGAGAUUAUUGAUAUCAAGCCACUUGAGCUUACUUUAAAAUUUGGUGCCAAUCUUCAUGGAAGAGUUCAUAUUACUGAGGUCCUUGAAGAACAUUGCUGUGAGAAUCCUUUUAGCAAUCUCAGAAUCGGGCAAAAGAUCCAAGCAAGAAUUGUUGCAGAACAUUCAGGAAAAAGUGGAAGGAAUUUGAAAUGGGAACUAUCUGUUAAACCAUCUGUGCUUAAAGGGUCGGAAGAGUUAAGUCUCCUUCAUGCUGAACUCGAUCAUUAUGUUAAUGGCAUUGUGCGUGCUUAUGUUGUCAAGGUGGAUAAAGAGUGGGUCUGGUUAACUUUAUCAAGAGAUGUUAUGGCUCAUUUGUUUAUUCUUGAUAGUUCAGUUGAGCCCAGUGAAUUAAAAGAGUUCCAACAGCGUUAUAGUGUCGGCCAAGCAGUUAAAGGACGUGUUAUUGGUGUGAACAGAGAGAAAAAAUUAUUGAGGCUGAAAGCGCUUGAUAACCAAUGCAUGCUUGAGAAUGUCAAAGAACAAUCAGUCUCUUCUAUUGCUGAACACACGAGGGAAGGAGAUAUCAUUGGUGGAUGCAUUCAGAGGAUUCUACCUGGUGUUGGUGGGCUUGUCAUCAAGAUCGGACCUCAUCUACAUGGAAGGGUCCAUUAUACUGAAAUUGUUGAUUCAUGGGUUCCUGAACCCCUGUCUGAAUUCCACGAAGGUCAGUUUGUGAAAUGCAAGGUCCUGGCUGUAAGCCGCCAGUCUGAAGGUUCUGUCCGAGUUGACCUAUCACUUCGCUCAUCAAUUAUCUGCGCAAAUAGUGAUCACUCAAGAUUAGUUGAUGAUUCGGCAACUUGCACUCCCCGGUUUGAGAAGAUAGAUGAUCUGUGCCCCGGUACAGAGGUUAAGGGUUAUGUGAAGAAUGUGAAUGCCAAAGGAUGUUUCGUCAUGCUUUCUCGAAUGGUUGAGGCUAGGAUUAUUUUGUCAAAUUUGUCAGAUGAGUAUGUUGAAAAUCCUCAGAAGGAUUUUUCAGUUGGAAUGCUUGUACAGGGAAGGGUCUUGUCUGCAGAACCAAUAUCAGGGAAAGUUGAGGUAUCACUUAGGAAGAGCACUGGUAGCAAAUCGCAGAAGUCGUGUGACAUUAGCUACAGUGAUCUGCAUGUUGGGGGCAUCAUUGAUGGUCAAGUUAAACGGGUUGAAUCCUAUGGAUUAUUUGUGACAAUCCAGAGCAGCGAACUGGUGGGCUUGUGUCAUAUAUCAGAACUUUCUGAUGAACCAGUUCUUGAUAUUAACUCUUGCUUCAAAGCUGGUGAUAUGGUUAAAGCCAAAAUUUUGAAGAUUGAUGUGGAACGGCAUCGAGUGUCCCUUGGCCUGAAGAAAUCUUACUUCGACUCUGAUGAUGAAAGGGUUCCUACAGACAUCAGCCAUUGCCCUGAGAUGUCUGGAGAUUUGAACAUGAGCUUUGUUCUUCCGGGACCAGAGCCCAGGGCUUCUGUUCCACCACUUCAGGUCUCCUUGGAUGAAAAUGAAGGUUCUGACCAAGAGAGUGGUCAGAAAGGUCAUGUAACUGCUAAUGGAACUGAAUCAAAUGUGAAAAAGAGCGAUAAACGGUUAAAGGAGAAGACAAGAAAAAGAAAGCAAAGGGAAAUCGAAAUCAGUGCCUUGGAGGACAGGGCUUUACAGAAAGAUAAACCGCAGACUCCGGAUGAAUUUGAGAAGUUGGUUAGGAGCUCUCCAAAUAGUAGCUUCGUCUGGAUAAACUAUAUGGCAUUUUUGUUAGACCUUGCGGAUGUUGAGAAAGCACGCUCAGUAGCUGAAAGGGCCUUGAGAACAAUAAACAUUAGAGAGGAGGAGGAGAAACUAAAUGUAUGGGUAGCAUACUUUAACCUUGAAAAUGAAUACGGGAGUCCACGGGAGGAUGCUGUCAAGAAGAUAUUCCAAAGAGCAUUGCAGUACUGUGAUCCCAAGAAGGUGCACUUGGCUCUUCUUGGAAUGUAUGAGAGGACUAAACAGCACGAACUGGCAGAUGAACUUUUUGAUAGAAUGACCAAAAGAUUCAAAACUUCAUGCAAGAUCUGGUUACGCCGCAUUCAUUUUUCUCUCAGUCAACAGAAGGAUGUUGAAUACAUCAAAUCCGUUGUAAACCGUGCGCUUCUAAGCCUGCCACAGAGCAAGCGCAUAAAGUUUCUUUCGCAGACUGCUAUCCUGGAGUUCAAGUGCGGUGUGCCUGAGGAAGGGAGAUCCAGAUUUGAGCUGAUCCUACGGGAGUAUCCAAAAAGAACAGAUCUUUGGAGUGUUUACCUAGACCAAGAGAUUCGAGUUGGUGACACAGAGAUUAUACGGGCGUUGUUUGAUAGGGUAACAUGCCUUAGUCUUCCUCCAAAAAAGAUGAAGUUCUUGUUCAAGAAGUACCUGAGAUAUGAGAAGUCUCAGGGCGAUGAAGAAAGAAUCGAGCAUGUGAAGCAGAAGGCAUUGGAGUAUGUUGAGAUUUUGAAAGCCUGAUGUGCGAAACCGCACCUUGCAGGUGCUGCUUCCCUCCUGGAAGCAUGACAGCGGAGACCAGCAGACGGAAUUCAUUGAUCUCUCUUGUAACGCUGCUGUUGUUGAAAGGUCUGCAAUUUUGUUCGUGGCGUGAUUGUGGUAGAGAAUACAGUCACGCCUACAGCUUGUACGAGUCCCCAUGCCCGCACCAAUUUCUUUUUGCGUUGGCACACUUGUAUUUGUAUUUUGACGGCAAUAACGAUAAUUAUUAAUAUUCUUGUAGGAAGCAAAAUAUGACAUUGUUAUUUUGUGUGUGAUGUAACAAGUAUAUUGGCUUCAAACA